AUGACCAUCACCAGCGUCACACGCAACGAGCUCUGGAGGCACCCGGACCCCACCUCGACUCCCAUGUGGGCGUUCCUGCUCAAGGUCAACUCAAAGUACGGCCUCCAGCUGAACGACUAUCCCGGUCUCUACAAGUGGUCCAUUGAGAAUGUUGCCGAGUUCUGGGAGGAGGUCUGGCACUUCGUCGGCAUCACUGCCUCAACCCCCUUCGACAAGGUCCUCCCUCCCAAUGCGCCCAUGUACCCCCGACCGGACUUCUUCUCCGGCUCCCGUCUCAACUUCGCCGAGAACCUCCUCUUCCCCGCAAACACCCCGAUCGACCCCACCGCCGUCGCAACAAUCACAACCACCGAACUCGGCCCCUCAGUCUCCACAACCUGGGCCGACCUCCGCGACUCCGUCCGCCGCUGCUCCGCCGCCCUCCGCGCCCACGGCCUCGGCCCCAACGACAUCGUCGCCGGCUUCGUCUCCAACCACCACCAGGCCCUCGUAGCCUCCCUCUCAGCAGCAGCCAUCGGCGCCAUCUGGACCGGCAUCAGCCCGGACAACGGCGUCAGCGCCGUCCUCGACCGCCUCGCCCAGAUCUCCCCCAAGGUCCUGUUCGCUGACAAUGGCACCGUCUACAACGGCAAGGAGUGGAGCAGCACCGACAAGACGGAAGAGAUCGUCAGGGCCCUCGCGCCCAAGGGCCUCGAGUACGUCGUCGUCAUCAACAACGUCGCUUGCGACCUCGGCAUGGACGGCCUCAAGACGACCGGCGUCGCCGCCGAGGAGUACACCUCCUUCCUCGCAUCCGCGCCCAACGUCCCGCUCCACUUCGAGCAGCUGCCGCCUUCCCACCCCCUCUACAUCCUCUACUCCUCCGGCACCACCGGCCUGCCCAAGGCCAUCGUCCACACCGCCCUCGGCACCCUCAUCCAGCACAAGAAGGAGCACCUUCUCCAGGGCUCCCUCACCUCCCGCUCCCGCAUGCUCUACUACACCACCACCUCCUGGAUGAUGUGGCACUGGUCCGUCUCCGCCCUCGCCGUCGGCGCCACCCUCGUCCUCUACUCCGGCUCCCCCUUCAAGCCCGACGGCCACCUCUCCCUCCCGCGCCUCCUCUCCUCCCUCCGCGUCACCCACUUCGGCACCUCCGCCGCCUACCUCACCGCCCUCGAGGCCGCCCAGGUCUACCCCGUCAACGAGCCCGGCAUCGACCUCUCCGCCCUCGAGGCCAUCUACUCCACCGCCUCCCCCUUGCCCCCGUCCACCUUCUCCUUCGUCUACAAAGCCUUCCCCGCCACCGUCAACCUCGCCAGCAUCACCGGCGGCACCGACAUCAUCUCCCUCUUCGGCGCCCCCUGCCCGCUCCUCCCCGUCCGCGUCGGCGAGAUCCAGUGCGCCGGUCUCGGCAUGGCCAUCCGCGCCGUCGACUCCCUCUCCGGCGGCGCCCUCCCGGACCCCUCCCACCCAGGCGACCUCGUCUGCGUCCGCCCCUUCCCCUGCCAGCCGCUCACCUUCUUCGGCCCCGGCGGCGACGAGAAGUACCGCGCCGCCUACUUCGACCGCUUCGCCGACAUCUGCGACGUCCAGGGCGCCGUCUGGCACCACGGCGACUUCGUCAAGAUCCCCAACCCGGCCACGGGCUCGCUCGUCAUGCUCGGCCGCUCCGACGGCGUCCUCAAGCCCGCGGGCGUGCGUUUUGGGUCUGCCGAGAUCUACAACAUCCUCACCCGCUUCUUCCCCGCCGAGGUCGAGGACGCCGUCUGCGUCGGCCGCCGCCGAGCCACCGACUCGGACGAGACCGUCUGCCUGUUCGUGGUGCCCGCGGCCGGGCAGACGUUCGACGACGAGCUGAGGGCAAAGAUCAAGAGCGUCAUCCGCAGGGAGCUGAGCCCCAGACACGUCCCCGGCGUCGUGGAGGAGUGCGGCGGUGGCAUCCCCAAGACGGGCAACGGGAAGAAGAUCGAAGUCGCCGUCAAGCAGAUCCUGUCCGGCAUGAACAUCAAGACCAACGCCUCCGUCGCGAACCCCGAGGCGCUGGAGUGGUUCCGCGCGUGGGCCGCGGCGAACUAA